AUGCAAACCUGUUUCCAUGCCAACUGCCAGUACGGCUGUGAGGUGGAGAAGGGUUCGGUCCGCUGCACCUGUCCGUCUCCGGGGUUACGGCUCGGCCCGGACAGACGCACCUGUGUCGACAUUGACGAGUGUGCGUCGGGCCGGGGGGCGUGUCCUCGCCGCAGGAAGUGUGUGAACACGUUUGGGAGCUUCCUGUGCAGGUGUCACCUGGGAUUCAAACUGACGUACAUCAACGGGCGGUACAGCUGCAUCGAUAAAGACACUCGGCUGUUCUGUUCUCUCAAUCCAUCGUCUCCAAAGUGUCGCUGCAAAGAUGGAAGAUGUCAAGCCGUCCUGAAAGUGGAUGUGGAACCACCGAGGCCGAGAACUCCAGCUGGCACCUCCCCCACCCCCACUGUCACCAUGGCAACUGUGACUACUGUACCUAUUCCAACCACAAAAAUCACUACGAUUCACAUGGCGACCACCAUUCCCAUGACAACCACUGUUCCUACAAGAUCCACUGUUCACAUGACGACCAUCGAUACGGGUACAUGA